CCCAAUUCGGCCAAGCCUCCCUCCCAUGCGCCGCUAACCCCAUCCAUCCUAGUCGCACACCACCCCUGUUCAAAAAGUUCACAGCAUCGAUUGUACCCCACCACGCUCACAGCACCCAUUGACUAUCAUCAAACCUCUCAUGGCGUGAACCAUUACCUCCUCCUCAACCACGAAAUAUACCCCAAUCCCAUAAUCCGGAUACACAACCAUGCCGCCUGAAGAAGCUCCCACCACCACUCGUGGCAGGGGUCGCGGUCGCGGAAGAGGAAGAGGACGAGGUCGCGGCGCGGGAGUCACGCCCGCGAGCGUAGACGCCGCGCAUGGCGUACCAGCAACACCGGAUGUUGAAAUGGCGUCACCGAACACGUCGCCUGCGUCACCACCGACCGAGACACCUGCCUCCACGCCCAUUACGACCUCCGGGGCUGCAGGUGGUGGUGGAUCCACAGCGCCUGUAGCGCCGAUGGGCGGCACGACGACGACAGCGCGGCCGGCGGUGCAGAGGCUCGAGAGUCUGAGGGGACGGGGCGCGAGGGGCGCGAAUGCUGCGCCGAGGGCGGCGUCGAAGUUUAUACCGCGUGCUGGGCGACGGACGGCGGAGGAGAGGGAACAGGCCGCUAGGGAGGAGGCGGAGAGGUUGAGGGCGCCUGAGGCGGGAGAUAAACGAGGGGGGAUGUUUGGGCCGGGGAGUGGGAUGAGGUCUGGUGCUGGUGGUGGCGGCGCGGGUGGUGGAGGGGGCAUGAGGAUUAAAACUGAUGGCGGUGGAUAUAGGAGUGGAGGUGGGGGUGGAAGUGGAGGAGGCGGAGGGGGUUGGAGUGGAGGUGGUGGAGGCGGUGGCGGAGGUGGAUACAGCGAGCCUGUCUAUCCUGAAGAACUGGAAGAGGGUGAUGAUAUCGCGCCACGUACGGAUAUCGAACAUAUCAAUCUGAUCAGCGACGACGAGGGCGAUGUUGUCACAGGACAAUCUCGGGCGAGGAAGGGCAAGGGCCGCGCGGGCGGACAUGCGAUGAACCCCAUUCGACUUACGAGGCAUGAGCAUAAGGCGCGUGUUAUGCUCGUCAACACAGAUUCAUCGAGUGGUGAAACAAAGGUCGAAGUGGAAGAGGAGGUCAAGGUCGAAGCCCCCGAGGAGGGUGGCCUAUUCGUCCCACAAGAGGAGCCAGUCGUGAAGAGCGAGCCAGGAGCCCAAGAUGCCGGGGCGGAUGAAAUGGAAAUCGAUGCCACACCCAUGGCCGACAUCCAAGCCGGCGCUGAAGCCGAAGCAUCACCAUCCACCGCACAAGAAACCCCCAAGCCAGCGCCUGCCACCGCACCACAGCGACCCUCUGCCUUCCUCGCUGCCAACGCCAAGAAGCCCGUUCUUCAAACCGAAGAAGAUAAACAAGAAUAUGAGCGCUACCUCGAGGACAUCGAUAUCCUCGCCCGCGAACUGGGUGGUAUGAGCACCACCGCCGCUCCGCCACAAACCGAGGGCGACGUCCUCAUGGGCGAGGAGGCACAGAUUAGCCCGGAUCACAAGGAGGGUCGGCUGUACCUCUUCCAGUUUCCGCCUAUCCUGCCGAAGCUGGCGAAUGUGGAACAACCUGUCAAGCAAGACCCCGGAGACGUGGAUGUCCAACUCAGUGACAUACCAACUGGCACCAUCGACCUGGACGACACGCCAGAAGUCAAGGCCGAGCCCGCAGCUGAGGCAGACGCUGCUGUGCCGCGACCUGUUACCGGAUCCAAAGUCAAGGAUGCGUUGGUGCAGGAGCCGGGAUUGAUUGGGAAACUGGUGGUGAGGCGGAGUGGGAAGGUGGAGUUGAGUUGGGGCGGUACGAGUUUGGCGUUGGGACGUGGCGCGGAGUUCGAUUUCCUGACGACGGGGGUGGUGGUUCAGGGGCUUGGGGCGGAGAAGGGGGAGGAAGGGGGGGAGGAGAUGAGUGGGACGGGGAUGGGGAGGGUGAUGGGGAAGAUUGUGGCGACGCCGGAUUGGGAGAAGAUGUUUUGAUGAAGAGGGGGAGGGGUGGUGCUGUCGAGAUGCAAGGGGUGUGUGGGCGUUAAUUGGACGGUGUUGGGAAAUUAAUAAACGGUGGAGAGGCGUUUUCUCUUGCCGCAUUUCAUGCAGGUUGAUAUACAGCGUGGUGUAGGAUAGUAUAGACAACAUUGUAUUGGAUAGUGUCUCCUGCUGAUGGCUUAUACUACAAGUCAUGUGCACACAUGCUUGAGCUCUCAGUGCUAACCCCACAUCCCCCACCCCCUUUCACACCCAACGCCUACUGCCCCUUAUAAUACAACUUAACUCCUCAUCUUUCAAGCGGCACAGUGGCGCAGUGGGAGUACCACUGUCAGGACAAUCUGGCCAGGGCUUGGAUGAAUAAAGAGGUUACGAAUUCGACUCCCACCAAUCAAAGGACAAAAAAUAACAAGUGAAUAAAUAUACAUAUCAUAAACAUCCAAAUGUAAAAUCAAGUGAUUUUCUCCUCAUCAGAUCUUAAACAAUGAGAUCUGAUGAGUCUUUUGCCCCUUUCGUUAAAUAAUAUAAUCGUAUCUGAGAG